UGUAUCCGGGGCUGGCCAGGCUUGGAUUUGACACGGCCUGACUACAAAAACAUGCAGCCCAGCCUUUAGGUGUAGUUAACUGUACUCAUGUUGGGGCAGGCACAAGGUCAAAGACUGUUUUCCUCACUCUUCAAACGACAUUGAGAGGUUUGAAAGAGAUCUGGAGAAAGGCUUUAGAUCCUGUUUGUAGCUAUUGCUUUAACUCUCAAUACUUGUGCCAUGAUGCAGAGCUAAGUUUAGCUCCUAGUUUAUAUUGAUUGCUAUAUUUGGGGCUAUAUAGGGUAACAACUAAUUUUCUGUCCCUCAUGUGGAAACACAGAAAGGGUUUGACACCUUACCCUGUUUAAAACAAUUUUCUCCAAACCACAGCCUGGUGAAAUUUUAAUUAUUGUAAUUAUCCAUGUAUUUACCAGGCUGCACAUAUCCGUCAAAGUCUGACUUUGGCUCCAUCACUUCACCGUUUUUACCGGAGAACGGCGCCGCUUUGCUGGACCAUAGCACCGCUUCAGGGAGAAGCCUGUCGGAGUACCGGAGCUACUGUUACCACGAGCCGCUGCAGCAGUAUCCUCCUCCCGGCAAAUGGACCUUCUACCAGGCCAACUGCCCCAUCACCUCCUGCUUCAACUUACCGGGGGAAGCUGUUUAUCAUGAGUACCAGGCUGUAUCACCCCCGUCGGAAACGAUACUCGGCGGCAGUAAGGACUGUUUUUCAUACGGCGGAGAGGUUUACGGUGCAUCAGAUCCCCGCUUUCACGCACAUGCGUUUGCCGGUGACCCGCGGAGUUUCCCCGGCAGCUACACGACGUACAACAGGGACUCACAGCUCCUCUUCCCGGCGGGGCGAAACACAAUCCUGCCGCCGGUUUUCGACCGGUUUUUAGAGUACGCAGAAGACGCAGAGGAUCCGAAAGCGGGAAUUACAGCUGGGAACCACCACGAGAAAGAGACGAAUCGGACCGAGUGGAGGAGCGGAGAGAGCGGCGAGGUGAGGGCGGGGUCAGCGUCACCCUUGGCUCGGAAGGAGGACGAGGAGGAUGCGCCGUCAUCCAGCGGCAGUGGGGGAGACGGCGGGCAUGACCGUAGGCCUUCGGGGAGCAGAAAGAAGCGUUGUCCUUACUCCAAGCAGCAGAUCAAAGAGCUGGAGAGAGAGUUUCUAUUCAACGUUUACAUCAACAAGGACAGACGCAUGCGGCUGUCCCGCCUCCUGCUCCUGACAGAGCGACAGGUGAAAAUCUGGUUCCAGAACAGAAGAAUGAAAGAGAAGAAACUGAAAAGAGAGAGACUGCAGUACUUUGCACGAUACCACCUGUUCUGAUGGAUGGAAGUAAAAGACGGUCCUUUUAAUGUCAUCUGCAAACUGUGUGACAAGUCUGCAAAGGCUGUCACAGCUCUGCUUGAUUCCAGUCACGUAGGCAGGUUAAUAGAGCCAUAAAUAAAGGUACAAACAAACAAAUAAAUAAACCCUGUUCCUUCCGAUGAAGAACACCAAGGCUCAGGUUUAGACUCCAACAGCAAUCUCUCUUUGAAAUAUCGUGUCUCGCUCCUGAUUAUCUUGAUCUUUCAUCAACAAAACAUUGAAAAUGCUCCUCUUGCCUUAUUUGAACCCAACUUCCCUCUGAGGUCAUGUGGCUCACUGUGAAGUAAUGAACCCUCUUUCUGCCUUAGGUCUUUCUCUUCCAUAAAUACUAAGAAAUAAGGACAUAUAUUCUUUGAAAACUAAAUAGGGAAACAUCAGCUACAGAUGCAGCUCCUUAUAUUCAUAUCUGUGGAUCCUGAUGCAUCAGACUUCACAUGUCAGUGAGAACGUUUGGUUUUUGUCCAUGUUGACUUGCACUGCUGACAAUCUAAAUCUAUCUAUCUGAUUGUUUAUAACUGACAUGCAUUAAUAACUGAUGACAAUACAGUUACCUCAUAAAACUAAAUUUGACUAUUUAGCAUAUAAAUAUAAUUAUUUAAGGCAAGCGCAGAUAAUCAUUCUGAUAUUUGUGAUAUUUGAUAUUGGUAUCUGCUACUUGUUCUGUGAUGUUUGUGCUUUGAUAUUGUCCCUCUAUUUUGGUUUCAAUAUUUAUAAUAAUUCAAUAAAUACAAACUGACGACAAAGGAUUAAAAUAUUUGACACUAAGAGGAAAAGAGGAGCUUUUCUAAAAACAGACAAAAAAGAAAUAAAACCAAAAACUUUACAGUUAGAUAAAUUGAGUUGUGAAAGGCACAUACACUUUUUUCAAAUUUGUUACAAUAAAAAAUAAUUCAGCAAAAUGCACAAAUAUUGUUUCUAUUAACUGAAGGUUUGUUACAGUGCUGUCUGUAUCCGUACACAGGGUGCUGUCUAAAUGUUUUUAUAGCCUGUAGUAAUAAAAUGAAAUGAAUGUAAUGUGUGAUCACUUCUGCAA